AUGUCAUACGAUGGCAGCGUCGACACGAUUUUCAAUCCAGCAGGAGAUCCUUUGCCUUUAGCAUCUGGUCUGUUUACAGAGCCAGGACUAGAGCGAGGCAACAGCGCGCCGUUCGGCAAGUCGGAUGGACUCUCAGGGGGAGCAGCUAUGCAGCAGGAAGCUCACGUUGUUGUAGCAACCCAAGGACCAGCUCGUCGAGCCCGCGUUGCCCAUCUGCCACGGCCAGCAGGCACAGAAACAAAAGAUGAUGAUGAUCACCUGCCCCUGUUUUCCGGCUUCACUGAGCAAGCCGUUGCCCAAGAACUUUUUACCACCGAGGCUUUCGAUUAUUGGGACAUGAACGAUUUUGUAGCACCUAAAGAGCUUCCUCCUAGCAUUGGGCAGACACAUCAUGACGGCAUUCAAGAGAUACAGUCCAAUAUGGCCGCUACAACCACAGAGCCAUAUCUUAGAUGGGAGGAUCUGAGCUUGGGUGUCCAGUGGAUUAUCAUUCUGCACCUCUGUGAAAAGCUGUCAUUUGAGGUUGUUGUUUUCAGCCAGCUCAAGCUUCACAGCUGGAACAUUGACAACUUUCUUACCACGUAUCUCAACUUCCGCGAUGAGUGGAACGCGUUUGAACGAGCUGCCUUCCAAAGAUCUGCCGAGCUCAAGACAAGCACUGAUAUGGAAGGCUCAUCGCUUACCGAAUGGAUACACAUACAUCGCCCACCACAGCCCAUCGACCAAAUCUCCGAUGAAGAUGCGCAAAAGGGCCUUCGCUUCCUCCGUAGACGUGGAGUCAAUCACAACAUCGAUUUUCAAGAAUGGGUAGAGCAAAAAGACUUCAAAAACUUUACUAAUAUUGAUAUCGAUAAACCCAUCCUACAAGACCGCAUGGAUCACCUACUUCUGCGAAGAGCUUUGGCAGCUAAUGUGGUGUCUGCUCGCGAUAUCACACAGGCCAUUGGAAAGCUUCGGGCAAUGAAUAAACGUAACAGCGAACAUGACGUUCAGAUCCGCGGCCCAAUCAUCAAUGACGCCUUCUUGGGAACGGUUAAAGACAUCAUGCCCUCUGAGGAUGAUUUUUGGUGCAAUUCUGCAGAGACUUCAAGCAGAGUUCAGGCCUUUAUGAACACCAUAUCAGCAGACUUGCGGAUUGACCCGCCAAUCCCGACUCCAGUCUCACAAAGGGAAAGGCAGCGUAUGAGAAACGAUGUUUCUAAUGCAUUGAGGCGCCUGCUCCCCGAUUUGAAACCUCAGUAUGUUCCAGGAUUACUGACCAAAACUCAAUGGGAAGCCGAUAAUGGAUAUCCUAUGGGACAUGUAGCCGACUAUGAUCUCACUAACUAUACGGCUGAGAUGCAGUCUCGUGCUGAAGGACAGGCACAGGAGAAGCCUUCCCACGCUCCCAUUUCGCUACGAGCCAUUGCUAAAGAGCCAAGUUCCUCGGCUUCCGGCGAUUUCUCUAGUCAAGCAUCUGACAUUUCCGCAGGCGAGCUCAAUCGUCAUCAAACUGAAAGGUAUGAAAGUUAUUCUUCCCUCUGCGUUAACACGUCAAACUAUCACAGCCCCGCUGCAUAUGCUGCAGCUCUCGCAAGUAAACGGAAUGCGUCAAGGCCUCGUAUUGGAGCUGCCCGAUCACGUUUUAUGACAAGCAAUGACAAGGGACAACUGAUGGUUGGAAUGGCGGCAGAUCCUUCGUCAGCAGCUGCACAAACCUCUCAGAACCCUGGGUUUACUACGCAGCUUGCUGAAGGAGUUUUUCGCACCCAACUUGAUGUGUCCAGACGAGCAAUAGAAGUAGAACCCACAAAUCUUCCUGGCCUAAGGGCAGUAGGGGACUUUGAGCCCGACAACGUUUCCUUUGCGUUGGAAAGAAGCCAACGAGCGCGACGACCUAGUGCCCGUGCUCGUGAAUCUUUACAAUAUGCUUUGGAAAUGGCACAAAGUACUGAAAUAACUCCUGAGAAGUCUAGAGCGAAAAAAGUUCAAUGCUCGAGAUCCGGUAGAAAGCAAGCAGACCAAGACGACGAGGGUGAAAACACCGGCCACAGGCCCGAGUCAAUGCGAGAAACUGGAACCGAAGCCCAAACGGCAGCAGCAGAAUUAAUUGGAUUUUGCAUCCGAGCGGGAAACGACCUGGUCCACCUGAAUAGCUCCAUAUUACCGUCAUGGCCAAGAAUAAGGAAUGAAGCCCCUUCAUCAGAAGUUAUUUCAAGACAUCAACGAGUUGCUGAAGAGCCAGGCCAAUCCGGAUCAGAGACCUCGACUACCGUUGGUGCGCAACAGGGGCCAGCUAGAAAGCGACAAAAGGGGAGAUCGGAUAGAAUUUUUGGAUUGAUCAAAACUCAGGAGCUCAACGCGUGCCCACCGCCCUCGGCAGAUGUUGCUGAAUUUGCUGUCGAGGCGGAACAGGCAUACUACGCUGUCAGAGCAGAUCAUAUCAACCCCGCUGCUCAAAUUCCAAGUCACCUCCAGAUGAGUCGUGGCGACAUUCAGGCAACUCUCCUUUCGAGGAAGGCUGAGUUUAAUCGAGCUGAGGCCAUGCUCCAAGGCAUCAAUGGGCCAACUGCUGGAAGAGCUAAGCUGGCCGGUGUGGCUGAUUCGGCGAUGUUUGCAAUCCAUGCUACAAAAGCUUCUUUCGCUCUUGAAGAGGUCGAGGGCAAUCUAAAUUCUUACCAGGCCCAGCAGACUGGUACUGCCUUUCCAAUGCAGCAACAACGCCAGCCAUUUUAA